AUGCCUUCAAUUGAUGAAUGGGAAUUAGCAUUGAAACAAUAUGUUGAAUUGGAUUCAUGGCCUGUUCAUUGGGGUGGUAAAUUAUGCGAGAAUGGUGAUCCAAAAUGUCCGUCUAAGAUACGUUAUGGUCUUGGACCAAUUCCUGAUACAUAUUACAUUGAUCCGGAUGAUGCAAUGCCUGAUUAUGAUCAACUCACAACUGUUUAUGCCGGUGAAAAACAUCUCAUUGAAAUUAAAGUCGAAGCAAACACAAGAAUCAGCUGGCAGUAUAUGACGUCGGAGGAAGAUAUCGGCUUCGGUAUACACUUCGAUAAGACUUCCAAAGCAAACAAUUUAAUUGAAAUGGAAACCGUUUUCCCAUAUAUUAGGUUAGAAUGCUCACAAGUGCCCAUUUCUGGAUCUAUUCUAUGUGAACACGCUGGAAGAUAAGCAACAAACUCACUUGCUGAUCAGACAUCAACAGCAGCUACCUGUCAACGAGUACAUAAAAAUCAACCUCGUAUGUAG